CAAACGAACAAAGUUACACACACGGAAACAGAAACUCAAAUAUAAAGAUCCCACUCUCUCUUCUAUGAGAAAAUACUGAUUAUGAUGGAUAAGUUUGGCAGGUCCUUCUCGUCUUCUUCUCCGAUCGGCAAGAAUAGUGAUGACGAAGGAAGAGAAAAUGAAGCUGAAUCUCCUUACAAGGGUCCCCUUGAUACGAUGGAAUCUCUCGAAGAAGUUUUACCCAUCAGGAGAGGGAUAUCCAAGUUCUACAAUGGGAAGUCCAAGUCUUUCGCCAGCUUAAACAAUACUGAAUCCUUGUCGAUGAAAGAUUUAGGGAGGCCAGAUAACCUUUACAGUCGCCACCGGAGAAAUCUUCUCCGUCACCAGCUUUUUAGUCGCGGUGGGAUCUCGAAGAAACCGCUCAAGGCCAACUUCACGGUGGUCUCUUCCUGCGGCGAUGAUUCGUCUUCAGCCUCUUAUUUAAAACAUCAGCAUUGACUGAUACCACUGAUAAGAGUAUCUCGGGGAAAUGGUUUUUUGAGAAUUAAAAAUUUUAAAAUAAAAAAGGAUGGAUUAAUAAGAAGAUGACACACACUGAGUGAUAUCUCAGUUUUUUGAAGUCUCUUCGCAAAUAAACGAUUAUAAAGAUUUGUCACUCUCUUUUCUCUUAAUUUUUUUUUAUUUUUAAUUCUGAAAACACACUGCCUAUGAGUACUCUGGCUGUAGUCUGUACUGCCCUUAUUCUUUGCGUAAUGAAAAAGUUAAAACUGUCUUUCAUAAAUCCGUGUGCUAACGGUUUCGAUUUUUUACAAGGCAUGCUACACAAUCUACGUACUAUUACUGUUUUGUAUGAAAAGUUUAUUUUUAUUUUUGACAUUGAAAACUCUAUAUUUUAUUAAAAUAUACUGCCAAGAGGGUGGCCUCUAGAGCCAUCCAGCUUGGGAGUUGAGAGUUUACAUGGAAGAAACAAAUACUUCGAGACUGAGCUCUCUUAGCAAGGCGAUCGGCUCGGAAGUUCAUAUUACGAAGAAUAAAAGAUAUGGAGCAAAACGUAAACAUAGAACGAAUAAGAUGAAACUCAUCAAAUUCAGCCAACAAAGAUGGCCAGUUGUUUUCUUCGUCUUCUUCGAGUAGAUUAACCAGUUGUAGGCAGUCUGUCUCGAAGGUCAUUGAGUUAUGGUCCAACUGAAUAGAGGAUUUCAUCAUGGCCCACAGCAGAGCUUAGAACUCUACGUGCAGGGGGUUAGGACUUGGUUACUAGCAAAUGAACCGGAAGUCGUCAUCCCAUCCUUGGUCGUCAGGACCAUUCCCCGACCGAAACAAUUAUCGUCUUUGUGCCAGGAGGUGUCAAUGGAGCAUACAGGGCCAGCGUGUGUGGUCGUGGUGGUGGUGAACGGGGCGGCUCCAUCAUCGUCGUCAUCGUGGGAUUCUUCUAUUGUUUAAGCUACACGCCAGCUUUCGGCCUCAGAUUUAGCGAUCUGAAUAGUCUCUAGCGGGGAGGGGUCUUUGCUGUUGAAAGCUUUGUCGUUUCGGAUUUUCCAAAUGUACCAUAUUACCCACGGGACGUUGUUGAUAGUAGUAUCCUGCAAACCAUAAUCUUUAGCUUGCCACAAGACAUGAUCCAGGUUACUAAGUAUCGAGGUGCACGGGAAUAAGCCAGAGAAUGUGGCAUAUCAGCCAGAUCCCACGCUUGUACAGAAGACGGACAUUCAAAGAGCAGGUGGUUACGCGUUUCUUCCUCCGCUCCGCAUCUUGGGCAGUUUCGAUCAUUGCCGCAAUGCCGAUCCGCGAGUGAGUUGCAGACUGGGACGCAAUUGGAGAGCGCCUGCCAAAUAAAGUGCUUAAUUUUGUUUGAAGUUUUGAGUGUCCAAACUCUAGCCUGCAGAGCCGUGGCGCUUGGUUCCAGAACAGGAGCAGGUUCUGAAGCUUCCAUUGUUUCCAUGGCCAAAGCAUAGCCAGAUUUUACAGAAUAGACACCGGACUUGGUGUGGCUCCAGCAGUACCUGUUUACACGAGGUGAUAGUGUAGAUUUAAGGUUCUGGAUGAGGGGGAUAUCCUCAGGGACCACUAUCUCCCGUAGGAGGUCCAGCUUCCAAGCUUUUGAGAUCGGAUCUAGCAAGUCAAUAACGCGAAGUGCAGGGUUGAAAGAGGGGCCACAAGGUGUGGCAGGGCGCGCCAGAGUUGUGGGAAGCCAGGGAUCAGCCCAAACCAAAAUGAAAAGUUUGUUUUAUUAAGAAAUUAUAAAUGCACUCAAUCUAAAAUACUCUAACAUUUAGGUUUAAGAUUUAGAUAAAUUGCUUGAGAUACUUUAAUUGGACUACCACUUUUCAAAACUACACUAAAGAAUACUAUAAUAUUUGGAUUUAAGAUUUACUAACUAUAGAGUUUAAUACUUAGAGGGUGGUAUACAUGCGGCAUAUAGUCAAACUAGGAAGUUUUCCUAUUAACUAACUUAAUGAAUCAAUUGGAAAUUUAUACACAAAUUAAUACAAUAUUUAGGUGAUUUGAUUAGUUAUUUUGGUACCGAUUAAUGAAUUAAAGAAUAAUUAAAACAUUAAUUUGAAAAUAAAUUUACAAUAAUUUUGAAAAUAUAAAUUUUACAUAUAAUUUUUUUUAAUUUUUCACUUCUAAGCUAAUGUGAAGAUUUUAUAUAUUUAUAAUUAUGUUAUUAGUUUAAAACUUUCAUUAAUGGUGACAUGUAUGUUAUUUUAUAUUUUAAGAAUCUUAUCAAAAAGGUAAACCUUCAUAAAUAAAAUUUUGACCUGUUAUAAUAAGAAGUAAUACUUUAUUAUGAAUAUAUGUGCUCUUGAAUCUCUGUAGAUUCCACACUUACAUACUAUGACAGCACCUUUAACUUUGCAGAAUAGCUCAUUAGGAAUAAUUUGAGCAUAUGAGUACUCCAUAUUUUUCACAUAAAAAUAUAUUUAUCUAACUUAUCCAACUCUAGGCGUUGAUAUUAUAGAAGUUCAUCUCUGUAAAAUAUUAUUUCUCUUACAAGAAUUAAACUACGGAAACUCGAUUAAACCGAACCAAAACACAAACCAAACCAAAUACAAACUAAACCGUUAUAGUUUAUUUCAGUUAGAAAAUUUUAGAACUGAAUUAACCAAACCGAAGAACCCAAACCGAAUCGAUAAAAUAACUUAAGUGCCCACCCUUAAUCUCGGGUACCACAUUCUUCACUGUGUCAUCAGACAAGAACUCAUUGGCCUAUGUACACACCGUCAUACCAUCUCAACUUUCCAUCACAAACAGAGUACAAAACAUUCUCAACCUCGCAGUAAAAAUCUGAAAACCAAAAAGAACCCAUCUUUGCUUCCGCAACAUCCCACUUACCUUCUUGGGAGUUAUAACAAACCACACCAUCCGCGUCGCGUUAAGGUGCAAGGGAUGGGCGCCACGUCAUCCCAUGUUCGUGUUCUUGCAUCUAUCACCUUGGACGCGUUCUUCAACUGACUCUCCAUGGAUCCCCGCUACGUACACGGCGGGAGGAGAGUGGAGAGCUGGGAGUUUCCACAAAGCAUAGCUAGUUGACUUCUUCUUGUUCUUGCUGACGUCAUAUUUGUUUUUAUCAGGUUUUCAGCAGAGGAUGAACCAGCGAGAGUCAGAGGAUGACUCUAGGCAGAGAUAGAGACAGGUCUUGGUGCGCGAUGAGAGUGAUCGGGCUUUGUAUAGCUCCGGUGAGGAGAGAAGAGAUCGAAAGCUCUUGGAGACGAGGGAGAGAGUCGGAUAGUAUAAUCUUGAGAGGCGUGCGAUGCAGCUUGUGAGCAAUUCAUCGGGAAUCACGGAGUUGGGUUUGGUUGCGGUGUCGACGGGAGCUCCUCCUCCAGCUUCUUCCUCUUUUCCGGAGAAGGCGACAUUGAUGAAUUUAAAAGAGACGAAAUCGCCGAUUUGGAUUAUAUAACCAAAAAUUGUUUGGGUUACUCAGGUUUAGUUUUAUUUUGGUUCAGUCGGUUUAGUUUUAUUUUGGUUCAUUGAGUUGAAUCCCUUAUAUACUAAAGCGCAAGUCGCCUAGCGAAUAAAAUAAUGACAUGUGGAAACGUUUUUAAAAUUUAAAUAAUAAAAAACGUAAAUGCAGAAAAAAAAUCAAAACAGUUCGGUUGAAUUUUAUUUAUUUACCUUAUAUUUUUAAAAAAAUCCCUAAAAAUUCUCACACUAUAUCCAUGAUCUCUCUAUCUUUAAAACAUUUAACUUUUUUUUUGAAAUGAGAUUUAACGUAAAUUCCUAAAUUGUUUGCUAUAACUCCAUUUAUUCUUUCUGAAAUUUCUUCUUCUAAUAACCAGACAUAUCAAAACUUAAAAAAAAAACAGGUUCAUCAAAUACUUUUUAUGAUCGUAACUACACUUACACUGCAAAAUCUACAGUUCUACAUAAACACCAAAAUAGUUUAUUGCCAAGUGGUGUGCCACACCAAUAUUCUUCGUAAGGCAUCUCUUUCAAUGAACAGAGAAAAAGAACACAAACAUGGAUACAUCAAAGUUUGAUAAGCGGAGCAUACAUCAAAAGUUGGCGGAUGAAGAUUAAACUCCAGGUUAGUAAAACUAUAAAUGCCCAACUCAAGUAAAUUUUUAACUUUUUUUCUUAAAACUUAACUAUGAUCUUUUUUCCUUUUCCGGUUUUCUACAUUUUGGCAAAAACUAAAUACUACAUUGUGACAAAAGUAAACGUAAACAAAAUAUAUCAAAAUUGACAAAAUCUAAAAUUACUAACUAAACACCUAAAACAUUUUUUUAGCCAAAAAAAAACACCUUAAAAUUUUGAGAGUCAC